AUGUCAUUCGAGGUCUUCGGACGUCCACCGACACCACCGCCAAAUCCACCGUUCCCACCACCACGCCUCCCGCCGUCUUUCAAUAUUAUUGACCCCUCCUUUCCUGAACCUCUUGUGUCUGAGGAUUUGCCUGAGGACGAGCCAUGGCCGCCGGUCCCGCCCGACGUGGAUUCUAAAUAUCAGCUUCAAAAGGCCGCCGGGGACUGCGCCAUUCCAGCUCAUGGGAAAGUGCUCCGGAAACCGAACACCGGAAACGACAAGAUCUACUUCAACGGCUUUAUUAUGGAUCUCGCGACUCCCAUUGCAACACCAGGGGCCGUGCCGCCGUCGCAACGCCGUACCAUCAUGCACCAAAUGAUUCGCAUCGUUGAGAAGCUGCACUCCAAAGGCAUCAUCCACGGCGAUAUCAAACUGGACAACAUGCUCCUCGAUCACGACGGUCAGGUUCGGCUUUGUGACUUCGACGAGGCGCGGUAUAUCCACGAGGAUGAGCGUCUCUGGGAUGGACGUACUACAUGGGAUUUUGAGUCUCCGAACAGGCGGCAGCGGGCUCAAGAAACAGGACGCGGUCCACCGCCGCCUAACAUUGAGGAUGACAUGUACGCCCUUGGCCUGAGCAUCUGGCAACUGUAUACCGGGGAGUUCCCGUUUAGGGAAAUCGUCAGCGACCCGAACCAGGGUUCGGAAUUGCAAGAGAGGAGAGAUACAGUCAAUAUCGCUGACGUGGAGGACCCGGAGGCCCGGGAGAUUAUCACGGGCCUUCUUCGGGGGGGGGGGGGGCCUCUAGUUUAG